CCUGUGGUUUCUGUUCCAUAGCAUUUAGAGAGAUGAUAUAUGAUAUAAACACUAUAUUUUCUACUACAGAAAAAGAAGAUCAGCUCAGGUCGCAGACUGGGGUUGAAGAUGAAGAUGCUGUAUACAGCAUUCGAUAUGCUGACCGUGGAGAAUGAGGACAGGGAGAAAGACAAAGAGAACACCCUCGCUGAACGCGUCCCUCCACUCAAGCUGUCAGGCCUGUCUGUGCAGGAGCUCCAGGAUCUAUGCAAAGAUCUGCAUCACAAAAUUGAUGUAGUUGAUGAGGAACGCUAUGAUGUUGAAGUGAAAGUGGGCAAAAAUGAGAAGGAGAUUAAUGAAAUGAAGCUGAAGGUGCAAGAGUUGACGAGGAAGAAGCCUACUCUGAAGAGAGUGAAAAUAUCUGCAGAACAAUUGCUAUCUGUUCUCCUGGGCGGCAAGCACACACAGACCAUUGACUUCAAGGCCAACCUCAAAACAGUCAAGAAAGAGGAGGAGAAGAAAGAGGAGGUGACCGACUGGCGUAAGAAUGUGGAGGCCAUGUCUGGCAUGGAGGGCAGGAAGAAGCUGUUUGACGCUGGUGCACAGUAACAGAAUCUUAAAAUGGACUCGACUUGACUUGACUGAUGAAGUUGAUUUUUAUCACCUUCUCUCAUGAGAUUUUUUUCAUGUGAACAUUAGUGUUAUGAAAUGUCUACAUUGCCUUUCUAACAAUAGUGUCCAGCCAUGUACAAUUUUAGUGAUGUUUAAACCCAGGAAGAGUGCAAUGAUAUGGAAAAUAUUUGAACAAUGAAUGAAAUGUAAAUUCAUUUGCAUAAUGGGGAAAAUGGGACACUCAAAUAUUACAUACAACUACUGGUUUUAUUUUAUAAACACAUAUUGUUUUGCUUUUUUAUCCAAGGCUUUUAUAGGAGGUAUUAUUGUUAUCUGUUUGUACUGUAUUGUAUUUGUGAUGUAUAUUGGGUGCACACAAUGUGUGGACAUCUAUUCAGCUGAGUUUAAUAUAAAUGCAUGGCCUCUGUUUAUAGCUACUGAGCCACUUAAUGUGCUCCUAUUAAAAAGAAAUUCGGCCUUUCAAAUGGCUGCAAUUCA